AUGACGAGCCUCCGGGCCGCACCACGGCUGCUGGCCGACGGCGAGCGGCGCCGUGAGGACGUGAGGGCGCAGAGCGGUCACCCUGGACGCCCGGGCCAGCUGGGCGCGGAGACCCCGCCGUGGAGUUUUCACAUCCACGGGAGGAUCGGGAGGCACAGACGGCGUGCAGGAGCACGGAGCCGGGACGUCGGCGAGGAGUGCUGGCAGGACUGUGCGGCGGAGCUCCGAGCCGGCAAGGAAGCUCUGCCGGUGCCCGGGGCCGCCCCGGAGCGCGCGGGCACGCUGGCGUGCCCAGCCUCCGCUAGGCAGGCGAAGUAUUCCGAGAACAAGCUGAAGUGCACCAAGGCCCGGAACGACUACCUGCUGAACCUGGCCGCCGCCAACGCGGCCAUAAGCAAAUACUACAUCCACGACGUCUCCGACCUCAUCGACUGCUGCGACUUGGGCUUUCACGCCAGCCUGGCCCGCACCUUCCGGACCUACCUCUCCGCCGAGUACAACCUGGAGACGUCUCGCCACGAGGGGCUGGACGUCAUCGAGAGUGCAGUGGACAACCUGGACCCCCGGAGCGACAAGCACACGGUCAUGGACAUGUGCAGCCAGGUCUUCUGCCCGCCCCUCAAGUUUGAGUUCCAGCCCCACAUGGGGGACGAGGUGGGUUCCUCGGGCCCAGGCCUGCCCCGCUGUGCUCCCAAGGGCGGGCGGGGGCAGCUGGCCCCGGUCCACCUGCCAGCUGGUCAGGUCCGGAAGACCCUGGACGCCACCAUGCAGACCUUGCAGGACAUGCUGACGGUGGAGGACUUCGACGUCUCUGACGCCUUCCAGCACAGCCGGUCCACCGAGUCCGUGAAGUCGGCCGCCUCCGAGACCUACAUGAGCAAGAUCAACAUCGCCAAGCGGCGGGCGAACCAGCAGGAGACUGAGAUGUUCUACUUCACGAAAUUUAAAGAAUACGUGAACGGCAGUAACCUCAUCACUAAGCUGCAGGCUAAGCACGACCUGCUCAAGCAGACUUUGGGCGAAGGGGACAGAGCAGAAUGCGGCACCACCAGGCCCCCCAGCCUUCCCCCUAAACCACAGAAAAUGAGGAGACCUAGGCCUGUCUCAGUGUGUAGCCAUAAACUGUUUAGCGGCUGUAUGGAAGCGUUCAUUAAGGAUUCAGGACAAGCCAUCCCGCUGGUGGUCGAGAGCUGCAUCCGAUUCAUCAAUUUAUACGGCCUCCAGCAGCAGGGAAUCUUCCGCGUGCCCGGCUCCCAGGUCGAAGUCAACGACAUCAAGAACUCCUUUGAGAGAGGUGAAGACCCCCUGGUGGAUGAUCAGAACGAACGAGAUAUCAACUCAGUGGCUGGCGUUUUAAAGCUGUAUUUCCGAGGCCUGGAAAACCCGCUCUUUCCCAAGGAAAGGUUUCAAGAUUUGAUAUCCACUAUUAAGCUGGAGAGCCCGGCCGAGAGGGUGCACCAGAUCCAGCAGAUCCUCGUCACCCUUCCCCGCGUGGUCCUCGUGGUCAUGAGAUACCUCUUCGCUUUCCUCAAUCACCUCUCGCAGUACAGCGACGAGAACAUGAUGGACCCCUACAACCUGGCCAUCUGCUUCGGGCCCACGCUCAUGCACAUCCCCGACGGACAGGACCCCGUGUCCUGCCAGGCCCACGUCAACGAAGUCAUCAAGACCAUCAUCAUCCACCACGAGGCCAUCUUCCCCAGCCCCCGCGAGCUGGAGGGACCCGUGUAUGAGAAAUGCAUGGCCGGAGGGGAGGAGUACUGCGACAGCCCGCACAGCGAGCCGGGGACCAUUGACGAAGUGGACCACGACAACAGCACCGAGCCUCACACCAGUGAUGAAGGUGAGGGGGCCGCGGGCGCCCUGAUGCCGGCUGGCGGGUCACCCCGUCCAGCCGCCCAAGGCAGGCGCGUCUGUGGCCUGCCUGGCCCCUCCGCCCUCCCCCACCGGGGUCUGCGCCGCGGCGGCCUGGUCUGGGCUGGCAGGCAGGCCGGGGGGGCUCUCGGCCACCGGGUCCGCUCCCCAGGAGGCAGUAUCAAAGCCAGGCAGGGCCUGGGCCCCAGAAUUCUCAUCGGUGCCCCGUCCGCCUCCUCGGACGUGGGGGUGAAGGCGCCCUGGGGUCUGCACCGCAGUCCGGGGGCCGGCCCAGGCUGGGCCGGGGGCCGGCAGGAGGAGGUGCGUUGCGGGAGCCCGGUCAAGGGCGAGGGGCGGGAGACCGUGAGGGAGCGCUGGAGGGCCCAGGACCCCCGGGCCCGGGGCGCCGAGGCUGCAGGAGCCACGCCAGGACCCCUGUCCCGGCACGACGGGACCGCCCGAGGACCCCAGGGACACUCGCCGGUCUCCAGGGCAGGCACGCUGAGGCCGGGGCUGCCCCGGGAUCUCGGGGUGCACGCCGAGGCCAGGGCCCUGCCGGGAGAUCUCAGGGUACAGCUCAAGGCCGGGGCCCUUCCUGGGGAUCUCCGGGUGCACACUGAAGCGGCCGGCCAGCUCCGGUCGUGCGCGCCGCUCAGGCGUGGAGGCCGCCUGGGCCUCAGGCGCCCCUCUGCUGACCAGAGCCCUCUGUGUCCCCAGGACAUCGAGAAGACCAUGAGCACGGCCCUGCACGAGCUGCGGGAGCUCGAGAGGCAGAACACGGCCAAGCAGGCGCCGGACGUGGUGCUGGACACGCUGGAGCCCCUGAGGAACCCGGCCGGCCCGGCCAGCUCGGAGCCCGCCAGCCCCCUGCACACCAUCGUCAUCCGGGACCCCGACGCCGCCAUGCGCCGCAGCAGCAGCCCCUCCGCGGAGAUGAUG